AUGCAACCAAGAACAAUAGCAUCGAUAGUAGGACACGACGAGCAGGAAAAGUCUUCAUUCAAUAGUCGGACUUGUAAAGAGUGUACAUUGAUUAAUACACCUCAUGUAACCCUAUGCGAUGUAUGUGAGACGCCUUGUACACCAUUGGGAUCUAAUACAAGUCAACCAGUACCUAAUACGAGCUAUCAUGCUGGUGCGUCGAGUGGUCAACCUAUACAGUCGUCUAUCCCUACUUCGUCAAUAUCUGUAUCUGGCUCCCUCAAAUGUCAUGCGGCGUCGCCGCCACCUUUACGAGUCGCAGUAAGCUCUCACCAACUGGCAGAACAAGCACAGCAGUGUCCAGACCAGCUACCUACCGAAUGGGAAUGUCAAGUUUGUACGUUUUCCAAUAUACAUAAUGACAAGCGUUGUAUAAUCUGGCAUGAAGGAACACGCCCCGAAAGGCGCCGCCAAAUAAUGCGCAUAGAUCCCGUAAAACCAGUUUCUUUCCCGGCUACUCCGCAGCAGACAUCGACAAUCAUAGGAACUGUGCUGGAAUAUAUUGUCUACAUUCAUGAUCUACCGGCUGAUAUAAAUGCCGCAGAGUUGGAACGAAUGAUCGAUUUACGUUUAAAUAGCAAUCACCAUAGUAAUGUAAGCACAAAGGGGAAAGUAGUCAAACGUCGACGAUAA